AUGAACAUCCCCGGAAGGGACGAGCGCGGAGGCGACGCCGCGCCGGAGAGGGACUACGGCGAGUUGGGCUACGCGUCCGCGGUUCGCUUACCCGUCCGCCAUACGGAUGCGUUUGGACGAAAUCCGUACAGUAAUCCCCGGGAACAUUCAGUCGUAGCCACUCGUCCGGAUCCUUCCUCGACGACCAAAAAGAAAAAGGCAUGGAAGAAGCCGCCGGGAAUGCCCAAACGGCCGUUGUCGGCCUACAAUCUCUUUUUCCGGCGCGAGCGACAGGAAAUACUGGGGGAAGACCUUUCCAAGGAGUUCGAGAUUACCGACCAAAGUAAGCGAAAGCAUCGUAAAACGCACGGAAAAAUUGGCUUUACCGAUAUGGCGCGACAAAUCAGUCAAAAGUGGAAAGAUUUGGAGGAAGAAUUGCGGAGACCCUUUAUCGAACAAGCCAAGAAGGAGAAGGAAAAAUACAUGGUGGCAAAGGAUGCUUGGGUCCAGGAGCAGAAGGUCGCGGUCAAGGCCCGUACCGAAGCUUUGGCAAAGGAAGAAGCGGCGGCGGCCGCCGCCUCCCGUUGGACUACCGUAAAUCCCCCGCCCAUGUUGGACAGGAACGCUUGGGAUGUAUCCUCGCACACUACGAUCCCCCCGAUAGAUCCCCAUCACGGUCGUUUUACAGAGACCGGAGCGCGCCAACUCCAUUCCAUGAGAUCCGCGGCAAUUCCCAUGAAUGCUUCCUUUGAGGCCAUGGGAGGGUCUCGUGGAUUUCCGGAAGAAAUGCAACGACGCCCCCCGCCUUCAAUGAAUCCAGCGGAAGAUGCCUACGGCAUGCUCAGCGAUCAGGAACGAAUACGUGAAAUGAGGAUGCAUCUGGAACGAGCCGCAGCUCUGCAGGAAGAAAUACGUAGAAACACAGGGGCCAGCAAUGCAAUGAUGGAUGAACUGCGGUUACCAAUCCCACCUCCGCGAGAUGGGCCGGGUCCUCCUGGUGGUUUGCCAACGUAUGCGCAGGAGUCGCGCCGUUUCAGUUCUCGGGGAGGAUCUUUUGAAGGAUUGGGAGGGAACGAUUGGUACGAAUACGAGCAGCAACAACGACAGCAACAGCAACGUCGUGCGCAAGAGCGAGCGGAAAUGAUGGCUCUACAGCGCCAACAGCAGCAACCACGACACCGACCGGACUUCAUGGCUCUGGAACAACGUCGGAGAGCCCUGGAACAAUCGAUGGAAAUUGAGCGGAGAUUCCAAAUGGAAGAAGAAAUGCGCCGUCGCGGACAACGGAGGGGGCCGGGAGGGAACAUGUAA